AUGGCCUCUCUCUCCCUUCUUGUUCUGUUCCUUUUGUUUGCUUGUGGAAUGGUGGGAAUGGGGAGCAAUAUACACGGGGAAGAAAUGGUAAUGGAAGAGGAGGAGUUGUUGGGGUUGUUUGAAGUGAUGGAUGCUCUUGUGGAUGACCCUGACUGGGCACAAGCACACCCUCAACCGUGUACUGACACCCCAUGGCCUGGAGUUGAGUGUGAAGUUAGCAAUGACCCACCCGUUUUUCAUGUCACAAAGAUUCACAUUGGUCCUGAUAUACUCUCCCCACCUUGCAAGUCUUCUGCUUACCUUUCUGAGUCCCUGCUGAAACUCACUUAUUUGAAAACACUUUCAAUUUUUAACUGUUUUGUUGCUUCACCCGUCAAUCUAUCCUCAACCCUCUUUGGUUCUUUCUCUACCUUAGAACACCUGGCAUUGCAGUCUAAUCCAACACUCUCUGGAGAAAUACCUCCAAGUUUGGGAGGUGUUACUAGUCUUAGAGUCCUGAGCCUGUCUCAGAACAGUUUCGAGGGAAACAUUCCAAGACAGAUUGGCGGUUUGGUGAGUUUGGAGCAACUUGACCUGAGUUACAAUAAUUUCACUGGUCAAAUCCCCAAGGAAAUUGGAGAUUUAAAUAGUAUUGCCAUUUUAGAUCUCAGUUGGAAUGAAAUUGAAGGGAGACUUCCUAGUUCACUUGGACAACUUCAAGUUCUUCAGAAGAUGGAUUUGAGCUCAAACAGGCUUACAGGAAAAGUACCUCCUGAUAUAGGAAACCUCAAGAGGUUAGUCUUGCUUGAUCUGAGUCACAAUUUUUUUGGUGGGCCAAUUCCUGAAACCCUGUCAAACUUAGAGCUUUUAGAAUAUUUUCUCAUUGACGACAACCCCAUCAAAUCAGAGAUACCUCACUUCUUUGGGAACCUUUGCAAGCUGAAGUCAGUGAGCUUCUCAGGGUGUGGCUUGAUUGGCUCCAUACCCAAUUCCUGGUCAUCUCUGAAGAACCUUACAGCUCUCUCCCUUGAUAACAAUAGUCUUAGUGGACCAGUUCCUCCAAAUCUAGGUUUGCUCCCUAACUUGGAUCAACUGAACAUGAGCCAGAACAUGCUGAAUGGUGUUCUUCAGCUCCCUGAUGAGUUCAUUAGAAAACUUGGUAAAAGGUUGGAUGUUAGAGGAAACACUGAACUUUGUAUCAGCGAUCAGCCAAAGAAGAACCUGUCUUCAUAUUUGGAAAUCCCCUCUUGUGUAAAUACCAAGCCAAGAAAUGGCAAAUCUUUCGCUGAAGGAGCACCAGAAGAUCCAGCAGGAAUCCAGCCAUCAUUCUACCAAAGCAACAUAAGUUCAAGUUCGUCACGGCUGGAUGUAGAAGCCAUGUUUGUUUCCUUGGUUUUAUAUUUUACCAUUAGUUUCCUGAAUUUGUUUUUGUAA